AUGCAUGUCUUUGGCCUGCAGGUGGAUGCAGGCUGGAAAGGUGGGGCUGGCCCUUUAAGAGGAGCUGUCCAGACCAGCAGAAAGCAGGCUGCUGCGGUCUGGGGCCCUGUCUGGGAUCUGGGCCUAGAGGGGACCCUCUUCACUGACAUCCUCUACAGGAAUGUGGCCUUCCUCAAUCUGGUGGACCCCAUCUCCCAUGAUCUGCUUGUGAACCUGGCCCGGGACCUGCAGUGCCCCAAGACGGACUAUGAGCUCUGGAAGUCCUCAGAUAAGAUUUGUAGGCAGCUCAUCUACCACCUCACCCCACACACCAAGCGGCAGCUAGGAUCCAGCCUGCCCCAGAAGAAGACCCAGAGCUGCCUCAAGAGCAGCCUCCAGAAGACUCCGCUGGCAGGGGAGACUGUGAACCUUUCAGGGAUCCCACUGUCGACGCGGGAUGUACAGCACAUAAUGCGCUACCUGGGCAGCCGGGGUGCUGGGCUCACAGUGCUGGACCUGAGCUUCACCGGGCUGAGUGACGAGCUGCUGCACCUGCUGCUGCCCAGCCUCUGGAUGCUUCCCCGCCUCUCCCAGCUCCUGCUCAACGGCAACCGGCUAACGAGGGCCGCUGCCCGUGAGCUCACUGAGGCUGUCAAGGACGCCACCAAGUUCCCUGCGCUGGUCUGGGUGGACCUAGGCAACAAUGUGGAUGUGGCCUCCCUGCCCCAGCCCCUUCUGGUUGGCCUGCGCCGGAGGCUGAGCCAGCGCACCUCCCUCCCUACCAUCUAUGAGGGCCUGGACCUCGAGCCUGAGGGCAGUGCGGCUGGGGCUACCCCUGCGGCUUCUACUUGGGGCUCGGCAGCUGCUGGGCCAGGGUCCGAACCCCAGGCCUGCUGCACCAGAUGACCAGCCCCCCACCCUGGCUUCUGCUACCUGACUUACAGUGCUCCCAAGCACAUGGGAUGGGGGUGAUGGAAGCCCCAGAGGUCCCCCAGGUCCCCAGAGAUCUGGUAUUCAGCCUGGGAUCAAGGGGCUAGAAGGAGAAUGGGCUUGUCAGAUACUGGAUGGUCAGCCCAGGCUGGGGUCUCUGCCUUUCCUCAGCCGGUGGGGCCCAGCACCCACUGUGCAGACCCCACAAUAAAGGGUGAUGUUCCCUCUGC